UUAAAUGAAAAUGACAUGGUCAAAUGUGCUUUGGUGGCAGAUGCUCCUCUAUUAAGAAAUGUAUUUGUGACACCGGUAUCAGCUAAAGACUGGGAAAUUAUAGAACUAAGUAGUGAGAAAAUUUCCGAAAGUGUUUUAGAUCAAACACGCAUCAUUAACUCCAAUCAAAUGCUUAUAGUAUGGAUUAACAAAUCCAUGCAAGUGGCCUUAACAGUGGAUCGUAUCAAACCAAGUCUGAGUUAUGGACGCAUAGAUCACAAUACUGAGUUAGUGAUAGCUCCCAAUCUAUACAAAGGUAUUAGUAAUGGUGAUGAAACUAAAGAAGACAUAAAUGAUAAACUAUUUCGUAGUAAUACGGUGGCUAAGUUGGGCAUAUUAGAUGAAGAUCGACAAACACAACGUUUAAUGCGUUCCACAACGUUGGCGAAUAUAAAAAAUCUACAAAGAUCCCAAACUUUAGCUAAAACAAAUCGUCAAGAUAAAAUGGAGAGACUAAAACGUGAUCUAACACGAGAAUUAUCAAAAUUUAUAGAAUUUCGUGUAAUAUCAGGAGAAUGGCAAAAUGAUUAUCAAAUAUCUGAUGUAUUCAUCAAUAAAAUCAAUUGGCCCAGUCAUAUGGAUAACACAACUGUUUAUAGUUUGAAAACAAUGCAAGAAAAGGAAUAUUAUGUACGCAUACGUUUGGUUUCACAUGCAGAAAUUGCUCAAACUAUUCAUCCCACCAUAGAAAUCAAUGUGAAUUUAAUGAAAAUUUUAGAUCUUAAGGAAUUGGAGAAGGUGGUGCUAAAACCCAAACCAAAUGUAGUUAAUUUUGUGGAGAAAAUAGAACUGUUCGCUCACAAAAAGACACAUUAUAAGGUGGUGGAAAAUGCUUUUAAACGUUAUGUCAUCGAAAAAACCAAUCGUUCACCCAUGUUACUUAAUCAAAAUGAGGUGGUGCGUUUAGAGGAGGACCUGGUAGUAAGUGUAGGCAUAUUACCAGAACACUUUAAAUACUGUGCCAUCGACUCUCAAUUCCUGAAAGAAAGUAAAAUAUAUGCAGCCGAUUUAGUGCGCAAAGUAGAUGAUAUAAUCGAUGUAGCGGCUAAUGUAGCCUCUCCGCUAAGUGUUAAAGAUUUAAUAAAACUGCCAGAAUUUGACAAAAGCAUUGAAAAGUUGACAACAGAAUUGAAAAGUAAUUUAUGUUUAGAUUCCAAAAAUGGUGUGUUACGUCAGGGGAACAUAUUAAUAACGGGUGCUCCGGGCACGGGUAAGAGUGUGUUUGUUGAGCGUAUAUUGGAUGAGUUGAUAAGAAAACCAUAUUACUGUUAUUUUGAUAUAUUCUAUUGUACUCGCAGUAAGGGGAGAAAGGUAAAAUAA